AACAGCACGAAUUUAAAAUUACAACAUGGCAUAUUAUGCAUCCAAAUCAUGCCUACAGUAUCCUUCUAGUGUUACAGAGUUUAACGAGAGGUUUCCAGAGAACGAGCACCAUACCAUUCAUAAUCUAAGUGAAGGAAAUAGAAAAGCAAGUGGUAGCCGAUGGAAUACUUCGCAUCUCCAAGCCUGUCGGGUUAUAAUGUCCCAGUCGGUGCAUCAUCUCCCAGUUCUAGAACCAUAUGUCGAGCUUGCUAGGCAUCGGAUUAAGAAUACAGGUGAAGUGUACCAGAGUCUUAUCGCAGUGACUCCGAAAGACUUGAGGCUAUGCUCGCAUCAGCAACUGCGGGCAAAGGGCAAUCACUUUGGGGCCUUCUAUAUCCGGCUGGCUGAUAUCGCUCGGUUACCUGCUGGAGAGCUCCAAGUCCGACCUAGCAGAGUGGUCUCUCCCCCAGAUAGGUCCGGCUACGUGUCAGGAGAAGGAUUGGGAUUAUCAUCACCUAUCGGAUCAGAGCGAUUGGUCUCCUCGCAGCCGUCAUCAUUCUCUCUAUCUGAGAGUGACCCUGUCGAACGGCCCGAGCAUGUGCUUCGUACAAAACAUGAAGUGGUCACCGCUGGGAUGGCAGCCGAGUUCAUUUCAGCGGUAUUAGAUAUCUGUUCCGAGCAGAAGAACGCAGACUCCCGAAUAGAGUUUAACCCAGCUCCAACAACAUAUAUUAUAGAAUUUCAAUGGCUCCAAAGUGUCUGUCAAGAUGACGGAUCCUUAAUUCGGAGAAAAAAGAACAAACUACAUGGGGGUUGGGUUUCGCAAGGCCACAAUUUAGCUAUGUUCGAAGCCAAAGCUCUAUACACGUCCUGGAACGAAGAUGAAGAUGUCGCUCAGAUGUCUACUAGUGUGCGGGCCCAGCUAGCUUGUGAAAUCUUUGGCUCCAUCUUCCAGCGGCUAAAUGCCGAUGAUGACCCUGACGACUUAAGUUGCAAAGAUCGUCAUGUAUUCCUCAUCUCGGCGCAUCAGACGACCCUUACAUUCACACAUACUACUAUCAACAAGGAGUACCUGGAUUACCUUCAAUCAGAUAGGCCAACAGACAGUCUACCCUUCUUAAGUCUCGUCUCUUCAGAACAGUUCGAUAUUGAAAAAGGUCCGGGGCGUAUUGAAGCAGCUAUUGGCAUUAUGGCUAUAGUUUCCUUUCUGGACGAUACAGAGGAGACUGAGACUUAACAUGAGACCUUUGCAAUGAAGUGAGGCAACGUCCGGCGCGAAAACCCUCAAGAAAACUGAAGGGAAACGAUUUGUUUUGGAAGGUCAAACAU